AUGGCUUUCACCAUCCCUACGCCGUUACUCCUGGUCUGUUCUGCGGCUCUGCAGGCUGUGGUGUUGCUUGCGACGGCUCGCCAGUAUGCCCCGGUCGAUGGAUUCAACCCGGCCUUUCUCAGCUUCACGCUCCUCGACUUUGCAUUGUGGUUCCUCUAUCUCAUAUUCAUCUAUCCAAAUUUCGUCAGCCCGCUUCGAGAUCUUCCCACUCCAAAGGGUGGCUAUCCCGUCUUGGGCCACAGCUUGUCCCAGUUCAGACUCCCGCGAGGCGGGGACUAUCGAAAAUUCACCCUCAAAGUCCCCAACGACGGUCUCAUUCGGCUCAAGGGUUUCUUGAACGCCGACCAGUUGCUGGUGACGAGCCCCAAGGCGCUGGCCGAGAUCUUGGUCACCAGAUCAUAUGAAUUCCCCAAGCCUGAAAAGGACCGUGUCUUUCUCCGUCGUUUGAUCGGUGACGGACUGGUCGCAGCUGAAGGUGACCAACACAAACACCAACGCAAACACAGCAUGCCUAGCUUUGCUUUUCGACAAAUCAAGCUGCUGUAUCCCUUGUUUUGGGAGAAGUCUGUCAAGAUGACCGAGGUGAUUGAUGCUGAAGCCUUUGGACAAGACCGGAGGCAUGCAGAGGACAAACAACUGCCACCUGGAGCGGUGGACAUCGAGCAUUUUGCCCCGAAAGCAACCUUGGAUAUUAUCGGUGUCGCAGGCUUGGGUCGAAAUUUCAACACGCUGGAGAAUUCGGACGACGAAAUGGCCAAAAUCUACGAUCAACUGGUGAACCCUUCUGUGGGCCGGCAAGUAUUCGCAGCUGUGUCCUUACUUGGAAGUAGCGAGCUCGCAUCAUGGCUAUGCCGCCCUGUCGCCCAACGGUUUGAUGAGCUCAAUGCUCAGUUGAGACUGAUCUGCAGGCGGUUUGUGCGAGAAAAACGAGAGGGAAUGAAGGGUUCAGAAGACGAAGCCAUCGACACUCUGGGCUUGUUGAUCAAGUCGAACAUUUUCUCAGACGAAGAGCUCGUAGAUCAACUUCUGACAAUCAUUGCAGCUGGCCAUGAAACGACCUCCUCGAGCUUCACAUGGGUAGCAUACCUUCUUGCCCUUCAUCCUGAUAUUCAAUCCCGCCUCCGUGCCGAGAUACACGCGGCAAUCCCGAAUGGAUUCUCACCGAACAACUCCCAAGACACGAGCAUUGCUUCGGUGCUAGAGUCGCUACCUCUGCUUAACGGCGUCUGCAGCGAGGCUCUCCGGGUCCUACCUGCUGUACCCGUGACGAUGAGAACAACCAAGCGAAAUACUACAUUAAUGGGCCACCCAGUUGCCGCAGGCACUAAGAUCAUAAUGGCUCCCUGGGCAGUCAACAAUGAUCCAGAGUUAUGGGGUCCCGACGCUCAUGUCUUCAAGCCAGAAAGAUGGAUCGACCCUGAGACCGGUAAGCCAAAUCAAACGGGUGGUGCGUCGACCAACUAUGCCACCAUGACGUUCCUUCACGGCCAGCGUAGUUGCAUUGGACAGAAUUUCGCCCGAGCAGAGCUUAGGGCGUUGGUGGCUGCUUUUGUUGGAGCCUUUGAAUGGGCUUUGCUCAAUCCCGAUGAAGAAGUGGUUCCGGCGGGAAUCAUCACGUCAAAACCAAGAGACGGCCUUAAGGUAACACUGAAGAGGGUGAAGCAGUGGUAG